AUGAGAAAUUCACCAUUAUAUAGACUAUCAGAGUAGCGAUAAUAAGGGAAGAAUUCUUCGAAUCUUUCUGAUUUGACAGUUUAAGAAUCGAGCAAUUAUCGUUUAAGAUUCACACCUCUAGGGUCACCGUCGGCUAGACACAAAGGAACAAUUGUGAUGAAAAGUCAUGAAACAAUUAUACUGAAUAUGUUGUCAUCGACUCAGAGACAAAUAGAUCAGCCAUUUAAGGCUUGUUAAGAAUGCACUCAGGAUUCUGGUAUGGUUCACCAAUAUUGUCAGUGCAAGGGAAUCACAUAUCACGAAAAGUGCAUUCAGGAUACAGCCAGAAGGAAUGCCAAGAAAUAGAAGGAAUAGGCAUUUAUUUGCAAAAAUGAAUGUUCCUAUCCAUUCCAAAUCAAUGGAUACUACAUGUAUGAAAUGGUGUAGAAUUAGGAGAGACAUUAAUACAAUUGGGAAGUGGCUCAUUCUUUCAAUAGUGACCGCCUUUCUCGUGUUACUGAUUUUGGUGAUUGGUAUUGUCCUGUUUCGAGAUGCAUUCAACAGUAUUGAUAUCAUUUUAAUUGUGAUUGCAAUGAUCGCACUUUUAAUUCUGAUUACUGUUUUGCUGAAUAAACUCAAGCUCAAUUAUUAUAUAUUGUACUGGAAUCUUAAACCUUCUCCCAUUAAUUAAGGCCAAGUGCAAACUCAUAGUAAAAUUGAACUGUAGGAUCUCUUGCCUUUUGUUUUGUCUGACAGAGACUCAAUUAUUUAUUCACCAUAACCGAAAGAAGAAGAUUAAAUAAUUGAAUAAUGA